AUGACUCCUGUGGCUUGCCGUUUAGGGACAAGAUUUAUAUUGGACAUAGUGCUUCCUACACCCAUAUUGGCCGAGCUAAAUGAUUGGUAUUUUGUGAUGACUCCGUAUGGCGGAUGCUUGAUGGAAAUUGAGUUUUAUAUCGCGAAAUACCUAAAAUUAUUUAAUUAUAACAAAUGGAAUCUUGUGAAUCUUCUUGAAUAUUUAUCAAACAAUGUUUUAUUUACAAGUGAAAGUUCAGAUCACAUCGAAAAUCUCAUUAGGGAACAGCUGGAUCUUUUGAUUAAUGACACUAGUAUUCUUCAAGCAGCACGAAAUAAGGCAUCAAAAAUCCAAAGUAGUUUGCAAGAUUCAUUCAAACAUAGAAUAGAAAUAAAAAAAAUUUUUGAAUCUCAAGAUCUUAGAUUUUCUGAAAGACGUUAUCAAAUAAAUGCGCAGCUUAGUGUCAUGUCAGACAAGAUAUUGAUAGCUAAAAAUUCCAAUGAGAACCUUUCUGUAAACAAAGAGAUUACGAAGAAAGCAUGCAGCUCAAAUAAAGAACACAAUUUGUUAAAAGAAAGUCAUGAUAGUUUACACGAAAGUCCCAAAAAACUAGAAAACUAUGGCAACAUGCAAAGAACAGAAGAUGGUAAAGAGAAUGUUGAACAAAAAGAAUAUGAAGAUUUUGAAACUGAAAAGACGAUAUGUGUUAAGAACAUUUUUGAAGAAACAAUGUUAUCAUCUGAUGCUGAAAAGGCCCUUACAGAAUUUUUUUUCAACCAUUUUCCUGGAACAAAGAUCAUGAACUUACGUCCAAAAUCCAACUUUUCACUUCUUCUUGAUUUAUCUUUGCUGCAAGAUGUUCUUCAUGAAGUGUUUGAUAAAAUUGAUGGUUAUAUUACCACUGAAAUUCAUGGUUACCUUGUCAAACUCUUCAACAAUGAUCUCACUCCCCAAGGAUGGGACAACACUAUUAGUAACAUUACCUCAAAUAUCAAUGAUUCAGAUUUACUUUCAAAAACGAAAAGGCUAAUCAAAGAUACUUUCCCUCGAUUUUUCAAGGCCUUUUCUUUGGAUGUUCUUAAUCCCUUAAGGGAUUUAGAGACCCUUGAAAAACCACACAUAAACCAAUUUGUGCACCCACUCAUUGAUUCAGCCCUUUGGAUUUUUGCGAAAGUGAAUUACAUCUUUGGAGAGAUACCAUUCAAAAAUAUGCCAACAAAAGUACGAGCUGAUGGCAUUGGAUUUUUGAAUGAUGUUGAUAAUUAUCCAAUAGUUAGUGUGGAGGGAGCACGACCUGGGGCAUCAGAGCGUAAAAGCUUUGAUGAUAAUGCAAAAAAUGAUAUAACAAUGUCAAUACUUUAUAAUAAUAUAGUAAUCUUGGAAGCUGAAGCACGUCGGUAUUUAUUUUCAGAUCUUAGGCAAUUUCAAUUUUCAGAUACACACCGGCUUUUUGAAGUAGAUCGCUUCAGUUUGCCAAGAGACUGGGUUGAAAUGCCAAAUUUUGUUUUCUUGUAUGAAUCAUUAAUCAAGUGGGCUUUAUGUGUCAAUGAAACCAAAAAUGGUUUGAUUGAACAAAGAAAAAAAAGACGGAUUAGUCGGUACUCAGAAGCACGUGUUGUAAAAAAAUUG